AUGGAAGUUGCGGUUGUUGGCACCCACUUGUCUGGAUUUCCCUUGAACCAAGACAUUACAUGCCUCAAUGCCACUUUCAAACAGAGCACAACCACAUCUCCAAACUAUCGCCUGUUUGAACUUCAAGGCACAAUACCGGCAAAGCCUGGCUUAAUGAGAGUAUCAGAUGGUGGCGCACGUAUCGAAAUUGAGAUCUGGGCCGUCCCAAUUGCUGCGAUCGGCACGUUCCUGAGCACUGUACCUUCACCGCUGGGCUUGGGAACGAUUGAGAUUUAUGGAGGGAGAUGGGUCAAAGGAUUCAUCUGCGAGCCGUAUGGCUUGGAAGGUGCAAAGGACAUCACUGAGUAUGGUGGUUGGAGAAAGUUCAAGGAGCGGUCUUGA